ACCAACCCCCUGCAGGGGGACCCCGUGGCCUCGCGUCGCCGUUGCGCAGAUUCAGUUUGAACCAGAAGCGGAGUGACCUUCCCGGGGAGCUGACGAGAGGCAGACAGCAGCGGAGCCCUGGCACCAGUGCGCACGGUCGUCCUCCUCACCCUGCCGCAGACAUGAACAGCAGCUUAGCCGGCGACGAGAUCGGGAAGCUCUUUGUGGGUGGCUUAGACUGGAGCACCACGCAGGAAACACUGCGGAGCUAUUUCUCUCAGUAUGGGGAAGUAGUAGACUGUGUAAUUAUGAAAGAUAAGACCACGAAUCAAUCACGAGGCUUUGGGUUUGUGAAAUUUAAAGAUCCCAAUUGUGUGCGGACAGUGCUGGAUACAAAACCCCAUAACUUGGAUGGAAGAAAUAUCGACCCGAAGCCAUGCACUCCCCGGGGAAUGCAGCCUGAGAAGACCCGGACAAAGGAAGGCUGGAAGGGAAGCAAGAGUGACGGCAGUAAAUCAAAGAAGAUCUUUGUCGGCGGUAUCCCUCACAACUGUGGCGAACCUGAGCUCAGGGAUUAUUUCAGUAGAUUUGGAGUGGUCACUGAAGUAGUAAUGAUCUAUGAUGCGGAGAAGCAGAGGCCCCGAGGUUUUGGAUUUAUUACUUUCGAGGCCGAACAAUCAGUGGACCAGGCUGUCAACAUGCAUUUUCACGACAUCAUGGGCAAAAAAGUGGAGGUGAAGAAGGCUGAGCCUCGUGACAGCAAAACCCCAGUCCCAGGGCAGCCAGGUGCUAACCAAUGGGGAGCCAGAGGCAUACUGAGUGCAGCCAAUGGCUGGUCCCCACAGCCAGCUCAGGGCUGGCAGCAGGGCUAUGGGCCUCAGGGAAUGUGGAUGUCCACAGCCCAGCCAAUAGGCGGGUAUGCACCUCCCCCUCCAGCUGGCCGAGGAGCCCCUCCACCUCCCCCCUCGCCUUUUAACGCUUUCCUGGUAACAACCACCCCUCCUGGGGGGUUCGGAGCACCUCAGGGAUACCCACAGCCUGGUUACGGCACUGCACCUCAGUUUGGUUAUGGGUUUGGUACCCCGCAAGGUGACCAGUUUGCUCCACAAGGAGUGCCCCCACCUCCAACCACCCCCGGAGGAGGACCUCUGGGGUUCGCCCCAGCAACUACCCCAACUCAGGACAUGGGCAAACCCCCAACAGGACAGCCCGACUUCCCCUACAGCCAAUAUGGCUUGGGUAACUAUCCUCAGGACCCUUCUGGCUACGGACCAACGCGUCCUUCUCACAGUUAUGGUCAGGCUGAGCAGGGAUAUAGUGCAGCAGCCUAUGGGCAGGACAUGGGUGGAUUUGGGCAGAGCUUCGCAGAUCCCAGCCAGCAAGCACCUACCUAUGGGGCUCCAUCUGCACAGCCCUCUGCAGGCCCCCAGCCGGCAGGAAACAGCUUUGGGCGCGGGCAGAACCACAAUGUACAGGGCUUCCACCCGUAUCGACGCUGACAGAGGGCACACCAACCACACAGUGUCUAUCUAAUGUCAGGGAAUCUAUUCUGCUCACGACUGGAUUUCUGGUGUAUAUCUUCUAUAACCAGGGAUUCUGAAUUCGAGGACUUUAUUUGUGACAAUCACAUAAAUACUUGAUGGAACAAAAUCUAAGGAAAAGAAAAAAACAACCUAAAAGAACGAAAAAAGGAUCUUUAAAAGAUUUUUUAAUGGAGGACAGUUUUUUCUUUGGAAUAGAUCUGACUGACUGUCAACCAUCAGCACAAGAUGAGACAAUACUUGAGUAUUCCGGAUACACAGAUGUUAACAGGGUCUCCAGUCUCUAUUUCAGCUUUAAUUAAAAAAAUAUUCAGGUUUUAUUUUUCAUGUUGUGAUUUUGUUUCUUUUCUGAAUUGUAAAGCAUAA